CUGGAGCCCCACGGGAACCAGGACCAGCAGUGCCCGGCGGCUCCCAGCGGAACAGAGACUGGGUAUUCCACAACAACGGUAAAACCAGAACCAGCUUCUGAAAGCACAUGCGUGCAGGAAACGGUGGUGAGGAAAACUGAGGAUAUGACAGGCUUCAUGGAUGACUUAACCCUCAGCUCACCGAAGAAGAGGGAGUCGUCUCUGAGAUCCAAGAGGAGUUGUGAUAGGUCAUCCACAAGGUCAUCCAGCAGAUCCUCUUGCAGUUCACGGUCCAGUUCAAGUAGUUCCUCUUCAGCUUCCUCCAGGAGUUGGAGCCGUUCCAGGUCGAGGUCACGGGCUAGAAGAGCCAGUUCCCGAAGGUACAGAAGAUCCUCGCGCUCAUACUCCAGAAGCCGGUCGAGAUCCCGUGGCUACACGCGGUACCGGGCCAGGUACCAUGUCAGAUACUACCGCAGGUACCGCCGCACUCCGCCGAGGUACCGAUCCCGCAGUAGGUCCUGGUCCCGUGGAAGGUCCUAUUACAGAAGGUCAUACUCGAGGAGCAGAUCACGUUCUAGAUGCCGAAGAUAUUAUGGAUUUGGGAGAACAAUAUAUCCUGAGGUUUACAGGAGCUGGAGGAGCAGGUCACGAACAAGAUCUUGGAGUAGGUCACCUCUCCAUUUGAGUGCAAAAGACAAGAGGGAACUCCUGGAAAUUGCAAAAGCAAAUGCUGCAAAAGCUCUGGGAACAGAUAACAUCAUCUUGCCAGCAAGCUUGAAGAUCUUUACUCCUCCCAAAGAAAAAAGAAGUGCAAAACAAAAGCAGGAAGAUCCUGGGGAGUCAGCUGAGCGACCCACAAGACCAGCAGAAAACCUGACCAAGAGUGGAAUAGAGAGAACAGCCAUACAGAAGAGCAUUUCCUUCAGUCCUAAUAAUACAAUGGCAAAACCAGUCCUACAGAAGCCAGUGAGCCAAGUGGUUAAAGAACCAGCAAUCUCCCCGGCAAGAGAAGAUGACAGGAAGGGAAGUCCCUAUGGACAGUGGGUUCCUGUCAGGAAGGAGGAGAAGAAAACAUUUCUCAACUUCUCACCCAAAAGCACCUUGUUCCGGGCACGCUGA